AUGCUACAGCCCCGUCUGCAGCUCUCUGCAGUGCGCAGGGGACUGCAGCUCCUGUCGCUGCAGCAGCGGACGGCAUUCCCGUCGUCGGCUGCAGCAGCGUCGAGGUUCUACGCCACCGGCAAGAAGCCGUCGUCGCCGCCGCCGUCGCCAUCGGCAUUCGACCACGACCAGUUCUCCGCCGACAGCCUGCCGCGCUCGUCGAGCACCGAGGCCGGCCAAUCGGGCAACGUUGCCUUCCUGCGAACCUACAAGCCCCGCACGCCCGGCGUUCGUCACCUGAAGCGUCCGAUCAACGACCACCUGUGGAAGGGCCGUCCUCACCUGCCCCUGACCUUCCCCAAGAAGGGCCAGUCCAAGGGUGGCCGCAACUCGACGGGCCGCAUCACGGUCCGCCACCGCGGAGGCGGUGCCAAGAGGAGGAUCCGCACCGUCGACUUUGAGCGCAAGGUCCCCGGCCCUCACCUGGUGGAGCGCAUCGAGUACGACCCGGGCCGCAGCGCCCACAUCGCCCUCCUGACGGAGAAGUCGACGGGCAGGAAGUCGUACGUCCUGGCCGCCGACGGCCUCCGCUCCGGCGACGUCGUGCACAGCUACCGUGCCGGCAUCCCGGCCAAGCUCCUCGCCAGCAUGGGCGGCGUCAUCGACCCGGGCAUCCUCGCUGCCAAGACGGCCUUUCGCGGAAACUGCCUGCCCCUGCACAUGGUCCCGGUCGGUACCACCGUCUUCGCCGUCGGCUCCGCCGCCUCGCGCGGCGCCGUCUUCUGCCGCAGCGCCGGCACCUCGGCCGUCGUCGUCAACAAGAACGAGGAGACGAGGGACGACGGCUCCAAGGUCAUGACGGGCAAGUACGUCGAGGUCCGUCUCCAGAGCGGCGAGGUCCGCCGUGUCAGCAAGGAUGCCUGCGCUACCAUCGGUGUCGCGAGCAACAUCCAUCACGGGUACCGUCAGCUCGGAAAGGCUGGUCGUAGCCGAUGGCUCAACAUUCGGCCUACCGUGCGUGGUGUUGCCAUGAACAAGGUCGAUCACCCUCACGGUGGUGGCCGUGGAAAGUCCAAGAGUAACCGUCACCCCGUCACGCCCUGGGGCAGGCCCACCAAGAGCGGCUACAAGACGCGCCGCAAGCACAACAUCAACAACUGGGUUGUCAAGCCGCGGCCCCGCAACUUUGGGAAGCGGAGGUCCAAGUCGGGAGCGUGA